AUGACAUUACUUACUCGCUUAAAUCUUCCUGAAAAUCAUGUUGAGGGUGAGAUUCCAAACUCUAUUGGAAAACUCUACUACCUGAUGCAUUUUGAUAUAUCAAGUAAUAAUGUGACUGGUACUUUAUCUGAAAUCCUUGAAGGAACAGAUUGUCUUUCCAAGAAGCCAACACCUAGUCUACAGGAUUUGGAUUUGUCAAACAAUAACCUGGUUGGUAAGUUAUCAGAAUGGCUAGGUCAGCCCAAGAAUCUUGUUGAACUUUGUUUGCUCUAUAGCUCUCGUCAUGGUCCCAUCCCAGCUUCUUUAGGUUUACUGAAAAUUCUUUCUGAACUAAAUGGAACUCUUCUAGAAAGUUUAGGACAACUUUCUGAGUUGAUAUUUUUGAUGGCUCUUCCAAUCAUUUGA